UAUUCCGCGGCCCCCGCAUCCCAUCGCGCCGGGGGGGGGAGGCGAAAGGGCCCCUGCGCCUUUAAGGCCGCCUGGCUGGCGAGCCCCGCGCGGAGCGCACCGAGCGCCGGGAGCGGAGCGAGCUUGUGGAUCCGGGCUAGAGGGCGUUUACCCCGGACAGCGACGGGAGGGCUCGGCCGGCCCGGCCCAGCCCAGCAGCGCCAUGGAGCGAGGCUCGGCCAGCGACUAGCCGGGGCCGGGGCCGGGGCCGGGAGCAGCCCGCGGGGCCGGGAUCGGCCGGGGACAGGCGGCGGCGCAGGACGGGAGGUGCCUGGCCCAGCCUGCCCCGUGCCCGCCCCAUGCCCAGCUGGACGUGAGGUGGAGCCAGGGCAUUGCCCUCCUGCCGACUUGUUGGGUUAAAUGCCGGCUCGUCCCGUGCCAGCUCAGUGCUCCUGGCACAGAGCAGCCACCCAGCAUGUCGUGGUUUAGCGGCAUCCUGGUGCCCAAGGUGGACGAGCGGAAGACGGCAUGGGGGGAGCGCAACGGGAAGAAGGGGCAGCGCCCGCGCUCCUCGCUCUGCAGCCCGCGGUACAUGAGCUGCCUGCAGGACCCCGAGCUGGAGCGGGGCACCCACCCGCGGGCCGGCCUGGGCCUGACCUGCUCCUGGCAGGAGGACCACUACAGCAAGAAGGGCCUGGCUGGGGGCGCUGGCGACCUGGGGCUGAAGUCGGUGGACUUGGGCUUUGAGGACGGCGAGGCCAAGGGGCCGAAGGCGGUGGCGGUGGCAGAGGGGGUGGCCAGGCCCGGGGAGCGGCUGUCAGCGGGCGAGUGCUGGCAGCGCCUCCUGCAGGUUUUCCGCUCCAAGCGCUUCCAGUCGGCCAAGCUGGAGCGGCUCUACCAGCGCUACUUCUUCCAGAUGAACCAGAGCAGCCUGACGGUGCUGAUGGGGGUGCUGGUGCUGGUGUGCGGCGUGAUGCUGCUCUUCCACUGCGUGCCCGGCACCCCCCGGGUGCCCUACGCCGCCGCGCUGGCCGUGGCCACCGCCCUCUUCCUGGCACUCAUGGUACUGUGCAGCCGUAGUGCCUUCCCCCAGGACUCCAUGUGGGUGGUGAGCUACCUGGUGCUGGCCGCGCUGGGCGGGGUGCAGGCCCUGGGCACCCUCAUGGCCUCGCCGCGCAGCGCCUCCGAGGGCGUCUGGUGGAGCGUCUUCUUCAUCUACAUCACCUACACCCUGUUGCCCGUCCGUAUGCGGGCCGCCGUGGGGGCGGGCGCCCUGCUCUCUGCCCUGCACCUGCUCAUCACCUGGCACCUCAACGCCAGCGACCCCUUCCUCUGGAAGCAGCUCAGCGCCAACGUCCUGAUCUUCCUCUGCACCAACAUCAUCGGGAUCUGCACCCACUACCCGGCCGAGGUGUCUCAGCGCCAGGCCUUCCAGGAGACCCGCGGCUACAUCCAGGCCCGGCUGCACCUGCAGCGGGAGAACCGGCAGCAGGAGCGCCUCCUGCUGUCGGUGCUGCCCCAGCACGUUGCCAUGGAGAUGAAGGAGGACAUCAACACCAAGAAGGAGGACAUGAUGUUCCACAAGAUCUACAUCCAGAAGCACGACAAUGUCAGCAUCCUGUUCGCAGACAUCGAGGGCUUCACCAGCCUGGCCUCCCAGUGCACGGCCCAGGAGCUGGUGAUGACGCUCAACGAGCUGUUUGCGCGCUUCGACAAGCUGGCCUCGGAGAACCACUGUCUGCGGAUCAAGAUCCUCGGUGACUGCUAUUACUGUGUGUCAGGGCUGCCCGAGGCGCGGGGAGACCACGCUCACUGCUGCGUGGAGAUGGGGGUCGACAUGAUCGAAGCCAUCUCGCUGGUGCGCGAGGUGACGGGGGUGAACGUGAACAUGCGGGUGGGCAUCCACAGCGGGCGCGUGCACUGCGGGGUGCUGGGACUGCGCAAGUGGCAGUUCGACGUCUGGUCCAACGACGUGACCUUGGCCAAUCAGAUGGAAGCCGGAGGCAAAGCUGGGCGCAUCCACAUCACGUGGGCGACGCUGCAGUACCUGAACGGGGACUACGAGGUGGAGCCCGGCCACGGGGGCGAGCGUAAUGCCUACCUCAAGGAGCACAACAUCGAGACCUUCCUCAUCGUGGGCUGCAGCCAGAAGCGCAAGGAAGAGAAGGCCAUCCUGGCCAAGCUGCAGCGGGCGCGGGCCAACUCCACAGAGGGGCUGGUGCCACGCUGGGUGCCCGACCGCACCUUCUCCCGCACCAAGGACUCCAAGGCCUUCCGGCAGAUGGGCAUCGAGGACACCAGCAAAGACAACCGCAGCGCGCAGGAGGCCCUGAACCCCGAGGACGAGGUGGAUGAGUUCCUGGGCCGGGCCAUUGACGCCCGCAGCAUCGACCAGCUGCGCAAGGAUCAUGUCAAGAAAUUCCUGCUGACCUUCCAGACGCCGGAGCUGGAGAAGAAGUACUCCAAGAAGGUGGAUGAUCGCUUUGGGGGCUACGUGGCCUGCACGCUGCUCGUCUUCUGCUUCAUCUGCUUUAUCCAGUUUGUGAUGUUCCCACGCUCCCCACUGAUGCUCGGUGUCUACAUCAGCAUCUUCGUCAUCCUGGCCAACAUCCUCUUCGUCUGCGCCGUCUAUUCCUGCAUCAGCCUCUUCCCCGCAGCCCUGCAGCGGGUCUCCCGGAAGAUCGUCCGCUCCCGCACCCACAGCACCUUCAUUGCCGUCUUCACCAUCCUCCUCGUCUUCAUCUCGGCCUUUGUCAACAUGUUCGCCUGCAGCCACGUGCCCCUGCGGGACUGCGCCGCCCGCACCCUCAAUGUCACGCCCGAGGCCGUGGGGCCCUGCCAGCUCCGCACCCUCAACUACUCGCUGGGCUCGGACGCGCCCCCUUGUGACGGGGACGCCCCGGCCUGCAACUUCCCCGAGUACUUUAACUACAGCAUCGUGCUGAGCCUGCUGGCCUGCUCCGUCUUCCUGCACAUCAGCAGCAUCGGGAAACUGGGGCUCACGCUGGCCAUCGAGGGGCUGUACCUGGUGCUGGCCGAGGGCCCCGAGGCGCCGCUCUUCGACAACUACGACUUGCUGGUCGCGGCCAACGCCCUUCCGGCCUUCAACGAGACCCAGUGGGGCCCAGCAUGCCUGGCGGAGGAGAAGGUGGCGCUGAAAUACAUGACCCCCGUGAUCCUGACCGUCUUCGCCCUGGCGCUCUAUCUGCACGCUCAGCGGGUGGAGUCCACAGCCCGGCUUGACUUCCUCUGGAAGCUGCAGGCCACGGGCGAGAAGGAGGAGAUGGAGGAGCUCCAGGCCUACAACCGGCGCCUGCUGCACAACAUCCUGCCCAAGGACGUGGCCGCGCACUUCCUGGCGCGCGAGCGCUGUAACGACGAACUGUACUACCAGUCGUGCGAGUGCGUGGCCGUCAUGUUCGCCUCCAUCAGCAACUUCUCCGAGUUCUACGUGGAGCUGGAGGCCAACAACGAGGGGGUGGAGUGCCUGCGGCUGUUGAACGAGAUCAUCGCCGACUUUGAUGAGAUCAUCAGCGAGACGCAGUACCGACAGCUGGAGAAGAUCAAGACCAUCGGCAGCACCUACAUGGCGGCCUCGGGGCUGAACGACAGCACAUACGACCGGGAGGGCCGGACGCACAUCACCGCGCUGGCCGACUACGCCAUGCGCCUCAUGGAGCAGAUGAAGUACAUCAACGAGCACUCCUUCAACAACUUCCAGAUGAAGAUCGGGCUGAACAUCGGGCCGGUGGUAGCGGGGGUCAUCGGGGCCCGGAAGCCCCAGUACGACAUCUGGGGGAACACUGUGAACGUCUCCAGCCGCAUGGACAGCACAGGGGUCCCUGACCGCAUCCAGGUGACGACCGACCUGUACCAGGUGCUGGCGGCCAAGGGCUACCAGCUGGAGUGCCGGGGGGUCAUCAAGGUCAAGGGCAAAGGGGAGAUGACCACCUACUUUCUGAACGCCGGCCCGCCCCGCAGUUAGCGCCAGCCGCGGCCUUGGGCGAGAAGGACCCAGCGUGCCAGAGGGGCCAGGCGGGGCUGCCGCAGGUUGGGCCUGGGCCGGGCUCAGCCAAGCCACUGGGAACCACCCAGGCCUGGCUGCUCCCCUCCCUCCCCCCCCCCGGCCUCGGGUCCAUUUUAUUUGUGGGGUCUUGUAAACGGCUCCGAAUUUCAACACCAAACUGAAGAGGGAAAGCGGCGCCACCCUGAACCCACUGGGGGGGUGUCUUUGCCACCAGGUGUGUGCGGCGGGGAGGGGGAGUUUGGAGGCACCCCGUGGGGGUGUUGAAGAAAUAUUUUUACAGCAGACUUUUUAUUUAUUUAUUGAGCUCCGGAGCCAGCCUGUCGGGGGUGCCCAGGGCGCUCCGUGCUGGGGCUGGCCCGGGGCCUCUCUCUCCCUUUCCAGGGACUGACACUGAACUUGGGAAAGAUGAACCCGCCCCCGCCCGCAGUCGACCAAAGCCGAGGGCAGCGGGGGGCGCCCAUUGGCCGGGCAGGGGAUCCCGCUGUUGUCUGAGCGCUUGCGCCGGGAGAUCCCUUGGGAGCUGCUUGCUGUGUUUGGGGUGGGAGGAUCGUCCCCUUCCGGUGGGGCUGGGGGCGGGAGGGGAUUUUAAAUAGAUUUAUAUUUGAGGACUCUCUCCCGUUGGCCCCCCAUCCGCUCGGUGUGACUUUCACCAGUUCUGAGGCCUAAGCCCGAGGAAGGGGGGGGCUGAACGGCUCUUAUUUGCCAAAAUUGCCUCCUGUUGCAGGGGGGAGGGAAGAAUGUCUCCUGGGGAGAAGGGGCUGUGUGUGUGUGGGGGGGGGGCCCUGCAGGUGUCUUAUGGGGGGGGCAGGGAGCGACUCCCAGAGAUAGGUGACGCCAAAGAGGAUGUGUCUGUGGGUCCAUGGGGCUGCGGCAGCGCUGGGGGCAGGAGCUGAGCCCCCCCAGCCUCAGGCACCAACCCCCCCGCCCCCACUGUGUCCAGUGAGGCUGGGGUGGGGGUAUGUGUCUGAGAGUAAAUCUUGCUGCCUGCUCCCAGCCUGUGUGGGGGGGGCGCUUUCAUCUGGCUUCGGACCUGGGCCCCUUUCAGCUUCUCCUGCCACUUCUCAAGGCUGGGAGGUCCCUUCACCAGCUGGGACCCAGCCCCCCCAAACCAUUGACACCCCCUCAGCCUCCUCCACGGGCCACGCUGCCCAUGUGCCAAAUUCCCAAGUGCCACAAAGCCCGUCCUGGCUCUGGUUCUGCUGCCCGCCCCCCCCUGAGGAUCGGCCCUGUGCCCCCAACCUCCUGAGCAUUGCUCCCCUCCCCCCACGGCCUCCCUGUUCUUUAACGGGACUGCAGCUUGCCGGUGAGCCAGACCCCCCCACCCUGACCAUUGGGGGCAGGGGGCACCAGCUGCAGCUGGAAAAUUGCCCCGUUAGCCUUAUCUGAACAAACGCCUCCCCCAGCUCCAGCGGGUCACUGGUCUCCCGCACCCUUGGGCCGUACCCCCAGGGAGGGGCAGUUUACCCCCAGAUCCCCAGGGGAGAGGAAUUCCCCAUGUGAGGAGCUCCCCCCACCCUGUGACUCCAGGCACAGGUGGGAGAGGGGGGUGUCUCCCCUCCGCCGCCCCCCCCCCCCGGAUAAAACUUGAAAAUACAAUGUGGAGGCUCAGAAUUUGCCUGGCCUCGGCACUCCUGGGUCCCGGACCCCAUGGGGCUGAGCCCGUGGGUGCCUCCUGCCCCAGGUGGGGGUGGGGGGGCUUUCUGUACAGUGACUUCAGGACCAGCCUGCCCCCCUCCCUGGGUGUGUGGGCCAGGGCCAGUCCCCUUCCCCCACCCAAGAGCCUUACUGAGCAGCUCCAGGGCGAUGGUCCGCGCGCCUGGCGCUAGCAGGUGUGGGGCAGGAGGGUGGGUCCAUGCCCCAGGCUGGGGGGUUAUUAAAUAACUGGGUGCUUGCAGCCCCCUUCAGCCCCUCAUGCAUCAAUCUCCAUGGAGACGCCAGGGCCUCUGAGCGUUUUCAUCAGCUCCUUCCUGGGGCCCGGCGGAGGGCUGGGCUGGGGGCAAGGGAUUGGUAACAGGGGGGUGAGGUCAGGGCCACGCUUCCCCUGCCACUGCUCUGCCCCUUCCCUCCCCGACUACGCUGCUCUGGGGGGGGGCAGGAAAAGCCCCCAGGGACAGCUGAUCGGUCCUGCUCUGCCUCCCCCCAUGCCCACCACAAAGGGGGUGGCAUAGGCCCCUUUCCGCUGGGAGGCUGUUCUCGUGCUGCCAGCGUGCCCUUUGCCCCUGGUGCAGCCAGAUCUCCCCCUAGCUGGAAGGCCCCUCUCCCCUGGCGUUGGGCUGAGCCGGGAGUGGCGGGAGCCCUCCACGCCGGGGCGGGAACUGCCUGGAUCCCUUGGGGCCGGGGCUGUUUUAAAUGCAAAAAAGAAGUGAUUUCUGGGUUUGGUUUUUUUUUUAGCAGUUUUGGGGUGUUUUUAUUUCCGUGACUGUGUCUGGGGAGUUUUCAGCCGACGUCGGAGCCAGGCGAGCUCGGUCCGGGCCCAAAGCCGUGGGGUCUCCGUUCCUUCCUGGGCUGCACCUGCCGGAGGGAGGGGGCGCGGCAGCUUUGGACUGAAGCCCCCGAUGAGAGCGGCGCUGUCGCUGUGUCGGGGGAGGGGGGACGUGGCACUUAUUUGGCAAUGCAGAUUAAAGGUACUUUUUUCUUGUGUGUACAUAUAAAUUAUAUAUAAAACUCACUUUCUAUAACAA